UCCGAAAACUUGCUCAGAUGAGAGCAGAAGACCUAUCCUAUCUAAACCAUGUCCCCCAAUUUCAAGAUUUCAAGCAACUAAAGGACCACUUAAAGAACUCCCCGAACCAAAACGCUGAAGUCCUUCUCCAAGGAAGAGUAGAGAAACUCGAUAAAGCCCUAACCUCAGAGAAAACAGAACUACAGGGGGCGGCUAGACUGGUGACCACGACAACGUACACCAAGGUCCUACACCAGCAAGAGGGACAACCGAAAAAAUGGAGAGACAUGUCGAAUACAAUUGAGAACUUAAAUGUUUCCGUGCCCUUCAAGCUAGUUGAUGGUAGUGGUAACCAUGUCACAGUGCGUGGAGCACACGAGGCUGGUGGAUUCCGGCAUGUGCUGCAGAGAGUGUGGCAAGACAAGGUACAAGCUGAUUCGAGAAGCCUGGGAGAUUUUGCAACAAACAUGGCGCUAAAGGAGAUACCAAAUGGAUCCCUUACUAGAGAAUUUCUACUUGUGUUUGGUAGUUCGAUUGGUGCAUAUGGAAAUGCCGUUCUGGAGAGUCAGUCACUUUUGAGCAGUGGGCAAGUGUCUUUUACGCCUGUCGAGGUGAAUUCAUCAAUACGAAGUCUUAUUUCGAAGAAUGAGAUGAUUUUGGGCUCGAUGAAGUUAUUUUCUGUAAUAUUUCUGGUUGGAGGAGGAAGUAUCCUGUUCAUAACUGGUAUCUCACUACUGUUCCGCUUGCUAGAGAGGGAAAGACGGGAAGAUCAGCUGCCCCUACCAUCAUCUUAGAUACGAUCUGACCAAUUUAGUGCUAGAUUAUUGUUGACAGUUGUAUAUAGCUUUCAUGUAUUUUUGGAUUUGUGUACAGUGUUACUAGCUAAUAACAGGAGUACUAUACAGUUAUUAAUGUACUCCUGCUAAUAAUUAUUGUGAUCAUGGGUAAAGAUCAUUAAUUAAAUUAAAUCAGUUUGUACAUCGAAGCACAAUCAGAUACAAUACCGAUCAUUCCCAGACAAAAAAUGUCUUCCACUUAUGAACCGUUCUGUGGAGAUUCUACCCAAGAAUUGACUCUCUGCAUCAGGGUGAUACGAUCAUUUGAAUACAGAAGCAUCAAAACACUUGUGCUGCGAGGUGUCCCACAGUCGUUGCUGGUGAAGGACCUAAUGGAGAGAAUACUUGGCGAGAUCCAACAGAGCAAGUCUCUUCCUCCUUCCUUCAAGAAGCAUCAGUAUGAUUGUCUCAAGAUCCACUCUCAUGCUCAUGGGGCCAAGACCAACGACACAGCCAUCAACCUAGACCAUGAUGAGUGGAUACUAAGUCCUGACAAGACACUGUUGGAGUCCGACAUACGUGAGUCAGUAUGCAACUGUGCCAUACAAAGGUUAACCUAUAACAAUCAAUCGCACACACAAAAUACGGGACGAGUGUUGCAUCGUUACUCCAGGCAAUGAGACAGAGAUUUCAUUUUUCCUCAAACAAGAUUACGAGAAGUACAAAAAGAAUCCACAGUUUCUAUGGUGACAAAAAUUAAUUAUGUAGACUGUAAAUAUGAACAUGAAGUUUUCACUUUCAAUGUAUAAUUACACCUCCAACACAUACGUAUGCAUGUAAUUAAUGUGUGUUAAGACGUGAGAGCUUAAAAGCUUGUUGUAACCCAACCUUCCAAUCUUAGACAUCAAUGUUUUUAUAAGAGUCCACGCGCAGAUCGACUGAUCAAACUUCCUGUUUUGCAUUCCACACACUACAGUACUAUAGCUAAGCCAGGUGGUAUAUAUGACACACAUUAGCUGGAUGAGAUUGCAUGGCACAGUAAGACAAGAAUGGCCAAUUACACCUUACUAUGGAUAUUGACGUGGCUCUGUGCUAUAUCUGCUGUAACAUUAGCUACUAACUCUACCGACACGAGUACAACUGCAGCUCCUGUACAAAGUGAAGCAGAUGCUGAUCAAGAUGCAACAGAAGCAGCAGCCGUAAAUAGUGAAACCACCACCCCAAGGCCCGACCUACAUCUUAGUCUGUCCCCAAGCACUAUAGGAGGCUUGGCAGCUGCUGGAGCUGUGAUACUAAUGAUUGUCGUGUCCUGUAUGGUUUUCAUGACUUGCAUUUGCAUCUAUCAAGUGUGUACCUGCUUUGAUUAAAUGUACACAUCAACAGCUAUAAUUAUGCAGCUCGAUAGACAACAGCCGUCAAACUUUUGUAUUGUAUGGAUCGAUGCGAUAUUUAUAAUGCAGUAAUCAUGUGA